AUGCGAGCGCCGCCGCUGCUGCUGCUGCUGCUGAUGGCGGCCGCGGGCCUGGCCGUGAGUCCGCUCGCGCGCCUCAACCCCUGGCUGAGCGCGUGCGACCUGGAGGAGGAGGGCGCGAGCGGCGAGCACGAGUGCGGGCGAGUGCGUGCGGCGUGCGGCGGCGGCGGCGGCGGCGGUGGCGCGGCCGAGCCCGAGGCGCUGGCGGGGCGCGACGUGCCGCACCUGUGCGCGCUGGCGGCGGGCGCGCGGGCGCGACGCCUCGCCGAGCUCCGGCUGCGCGCCUGCUGCGAACGCUCACCCGCCUCCGCGCUCGACCGCGGCGCGCGCGCCGACGUGCUCGCCGGCGGGGACCGCUGCGAGCGCACGCUACGCGAUCUCCUUUCCCUUGACGCGAUGGUCGCGCGCGUGCACUGCGACUUCGUCAGCAUCCUCGAUCGCUACGACUGCGACCAGCCCUUCUCAGUACACACGUGUCACGAGUGCCAGGAGACAUACCGACGUUGGGCGUGUAGCACGAUGGUGCCGCUUUGGGUGGAGGAGGGGACGGAAGAGGGAGCGGAGGAGGGCGGGAGGUCGCGUCGGACGCCGGCGGAGCACGCGGCGCGCUGGCACGCCCGGCACCUGGAGCGCGUGGGGCACCUGGACCGGCGGCGCGGCGGCGGAGUGGUGGGUCGCUGGGUGCGCGCCGCAGCCGCCGGACCGGGUCGGCCCCUCGUCCGCCUCAAGCCCUGCCUGUCCGUGUGCCAGCUUGUCGAGCAACACUGCCCUUACUUCCUGCCGGCGGACCGCGCGCCCGCCUACCCCACACAGUACGCUGGCGAGCCCACGUUUCUAUGCCUCGACGCACGCAUACCGGAGACCGGUGCGCAGGCGAACAAAUCUAACUACGGGUCAGACGAGUGCUGCUACUGGUACUGUGAAGGUCGGCUGUGCUACCGGUGUGAGUCACGGCUGACUGAACCUUCGCGCCCGCAAGCCGAGCAAUGUGCACCGGUGGAAGACCGGGCGCCCAGUUGCUCGGUACCUUACCAAGUGGGCGCGGCCACCACUACAAUACCAUGUGCCGUGUUACUGGUAGCCACUCUUCUUGUAACAAUCCUCGUGCCGUCACGGACCCGUUGGACGGCGCUCACACUAGUGAAUGUGCGCGACUCGAGGUUAUAG